UACUCAUCCGGAUGUGUCACUACUUUACACAAAAGGCGUUCCUCCCAUUACAAUAGGCAAAAGCUCCAUUGAUGCUGCUUUCACGUUUCAUACAGUGCAUGCAUUUUCAUGAGUAAACGUGAAAUAUUCUCACGCAAGCUACGUAAACGCAGGCUGCUCCUCUCCAGCGUCACUUUGAAUGAAAAGGAGCGCUCAGCUGAAGCGCAGUCAGAGGAGAGCGCCAGACGUCAGGAGCAUCACCGACAGCCGUCGGUACUAGUAAAGUUGUGGCUUUUUAAACUUUAUUCACUCCCCCGCAAUGGCAGAGCAUCUUCUACAUUACAAUGACUCGGCGGGGGUUGGGAACAGAUUCGCCCGUAAAGGAGCCUUGCGACAGAAAAAUGUGCAUGAAGUGAAGAACCACAAGUUUACUGCGAGAUUUUUCAAGCAACCAACGUUCUGCAGUCACUGCACAGAUUUCAUAUGGGGAUUUGGGAAACAAGGAUUCCAAUGCCAAGUUUGUUGUUUUGUGGUCCACAAACGGUGCCAUGAGUUUGUCAGCUUCUCCUGUCCUGGUGCCGAUAAGGGUCCUGACACAGAUGACCCCAGAAGCAAGCAUAAGUUCAAGAUCCACACAUACGGCAGUCCCACGUUCUGUGACCACUGUGGAUCGCUGCUGUACGGACUCAUCCACCAAGGGAUGAAAUGUGACACCUGUGACAUGAACGUGCACAAGCAGUGUGUGGUCAAUGUGCCGAGCCUGUGCGGGACAGACCACACUGAGCGUCGAGGCCGCAUUUUCCUCAAGAUCGAUGUCAGCGGGGACAGGCUACACGUCACAGUGGGUGAAGCCAGGAACCUGAUUCCCAUGGAUCCCAAUGGUUUAUCAGACCCAUAUGUCAAACUCAAGCUCAUCCCAGACCCAAAGAACGAGACCAAACAGAAGACCAGGACCAUCCGUUCCUCUCUCAAUCCCUGCUGGAACGAGUCGUUCACUUUUAAGCUUAAAGCGUCAGAUAAGGACCGACGUUUGUCCAUUGAGGUUUGGGACUGGGACAGAACCACCCGGAACGACUUCAUGGGCUCCAUGUCAUUUGGUGUGUCUGAGCUCAUCAAGGCUCCUCACUGUGGAUGGUACAAACUGCUGAACCAGGAGGAAGGAGAAUACUACAAUGUCCCCAUUCCAGAAGUAGACGAUGUCAAUCUGGAGCUUCGACAAAAGUUUGAGGCCUGCCAGUUAAAUAUCCACUAUCUCAAGAAAGCCAAGCUGGGCCACGGUAAGAAAAUGAUCACACCAACAGACCACCGGCGGUUCAGUCUGCCCUCAGGUAACAUGGACCGGGUCCGGCUCAGCGACUUCAACUUUCUGGCUCUCCUGGGAAAAGGCAGCUUCGGAAAGGUAAUGUUGGCAGAGAUGAAAUCAACAGAGGAGCUGUACGCCAUAAAGAUCCUAAAGAAAGACGUCGUGAUCCAGGAUGACGACGUUGAAUGUACGAUGGUGGAGAAGAGGGUGUUAGCGCUAAGAGACAAACCCCCCUUCCUCACGCAGCUCCACUCUUGCUUUCAGACUGUGGACCGACUCUACUUUGUGAUGGAAUACAUUAAUGGAGGGGAUCUCAUGUAUCAUAUCCAGCGUAUGGGAAAGUUUAAGGAGCCUCAGGCAGUAUUUUAUGCAGCUGAGAUAGCAGUCGGCUUGUUUUUCUUGCAUCGAAAGGGAAUCAUUUACAGGGAUCUGAAGUUGGACAAUGUGAUGCUGGACUGCGAAGGCCACAUCAAGAUAGCGGACUUUGGCAUGUGCAAAGAGAACAUGUAUGAAGGGAUGUCAACACGCACCUUCUGUGGCACCCCGGACUACAUCGCACCUGAGAUAAUAGCUUACCAGCCUUAUGGAAAAUCGGUGGACUGGUGGGCUUAUGGAGUUCUCCUGUAUGAGAUGUUGGCAGGGCAGCCACCGUUUGAUGGUGAAGACGAGGACGAGCUCUUCCAGUCCAUCAUGGAGCACAACGUGUCCUACCCAAAAUCCAUGUCUAAAGAAGCAGUGUCCAUCUGCAAAGGGCUGAUGACGAAGCAUCCAUCAAAGCGUCUCGGCUGCAGCAUGGAGGGCGAGCGGGACAUCAGAGAGCAAGCCUUCUUCAGACGUAUCGACUGGGAACGCCUCGCAAACCGAGAGAUCCAGCCGCCUUUUAAACCCAAAGUGUGUGGAAAGGGAGCAGAAAACUUUGACAAGUUCUUCACGCGCACGCAGCCCGUACUGACCCCUCCAGACCAGCUGGUCAUCGCCAACAUCGACCAGGGCGAGUUCGCUGGCUUCUCCUUCAUCAACCCUCAAUUUAUCCAUCCAUCUCUGCACAGCGUGGUAUGAGGAGGAAACAUUCAAAACGUCCCAUGACCAACAGACUCAGUUUGUUCUCUAGUUUCUGCAUCUGAGAAUCAUGCAAUUUAAGGGAACUGGCACUGAUUUCCAACUCUUAUCCUGUGGUGCAUUAUUUAGUCCAACUCCGUGUUUCCAGACUCCCAGCUGUGGUUUUCUGCAGACCUACAGCCUUUUAUCUUGUGAAUGAAUGUGUCUCGGUAUCAGUUACUAUCUCUUUUGGUGUUAAAGGUACAAUCCGGUUUUCCCUCACGUCACCGCAAUGCACAAAAAGACAGAAGCAUUUCUCCCCCACCCCCCUUGUUCUGCCUGAACUUUAUCUACAUGUUUGUUACAUUUCUACACUGAGAAAAGAGUUAGUACACUGUUACACGAGUGCCAAAGUAGAGAUGAAAAUACAUUUCUAUUGCUUUUUUUUUUCCACCUUUGGCCUUUCCUUAUCCUGUCAACUCACUAAAACGUCUCAACAAGAGGCCGUUUGUAUUUGUCGUUUCGUAGAGCGUGUUACUACAGUAUAUCUGACGCGAUUUGGACAGACUGUGUUAAUGUUGCAAUUCAUCCUGGUCUUUUCAGCACAGCAGAUGUUAGCUGCAGUGGACAAGUGUCGUUCAGAAAAAAAUCUGAGUUAGCAAGAUGCUAUUUUCAUAUGCACAAAGCAGAUCUCUGUCGCAUGCUUAUUUUCUGACUCUGUAUGAGCUGUAGGGUCUAGGAUGCAGUACACGUCUUGUAUGACUAUAAAGUUUAGUAUACUGAUAUAAAAUUCAACGAUAUACAUGUUUACUCGGAUUAAAAGUUUCUUACUGGGAUAAAGGUUUUGUGUUUGACUUUUACGUUCAAAGAGGUCCAACCCCAACGUUAUUUUUUGUUGUUGUUUUUUUGUGUAAAUAUGUUCAAGAAGAGAUGUUACUUGCCAAUUUUAUACAACAAAAUGAAUGUGCUUUUACUACCAUAGACGGUUUGAACAUUUCUAUGUUUAGAUUAGUCCUGAAAACAGAUCUAUAUGAAUUUUGGCUGAUUCUUUGGUAGCUUUGGUAUCAGCAAACCCUGUCUUACAUGUACGUAUACCAAGUAUUUAUCCGCUGUUUUCUACUACUCAGUGUCACAUAGAGAAUAUGCAGCACUACCUGUGCGUGGAGCGAUCGAAUGCCCCUCUUGCCUUGGUCCCGACAGGGUCGACUCCCUCUGUAGACAAACUGAAUCCCAAACCGAACCGUAACGGUCCAACGAUUCUGCAGCGCCCUGUGGCCGAAACGUGUCAUGUCUUUAUAUUUAUAUCGUGUGCAUGCGUGAGGCGAGGCCUGAUCCGAGCAUGAAAAAAGGCCCCUGCAUGAUGUAGAGACCGUGAUGUCGUGCAGAAUGAGAAAACCAGCCAGCAAUGUGUACAUUUUUUUUUUUUUUUUUUUCCUUUUACGUCUUUCCUCUUUCUCUGUCAUGUAGCCUAAUCUGUUUGGCUAAAAUAGCGCCAUUGUAAGCAGUGUAAGAAAUGUGAAUUGUUUGACAUGGCUAUUUGUAUUCUCUGGUGCCAAGCACAUUUUCAUGUAUUCAACACACUUAAUUUAUCCUUUUUGCUACUGAGAGAUAUUAACUUCUAAUGGAAAAUCUUCAAAAAGCUGCCACUUUUAGAUUCUCGCACAACUCAAAACCCAUGAAUUAAAUCUAAACAUGCUGUCUGAGUUUGGACUUCUUAAAGUGACGUGUAAUCAUACACCUUGACGUUUUUCCACAUUUUAUUUCUAUACAACAAGCAAACUUCAAUGUGUUUCACUGAGAUUUUAUAUGGCAGAGUAACACACACUGAUCCAUAACUGUAAUGUAAAAAUGAUGCAUUGUUAGAUCUUUUCAGGGUGUUUGUCUACCAGCUUUGCUCACGCUUCGUUAGAUUAGAUUGGAAUCACCUUUCAACAUCCAAAUUGUCUUGCUGCAGACUCUGAGUUGGAUUUACCCCUUAACUUUGACUGGGUCAUGUCUUGUUGGAAAGUCAUUCUCUGUGUCACGGUUGAGUCUUUUGAAGUCUCUAACAGGUUUAUACCCAGUUACUUUGUAUUUAGUUAUAUUCACCUGCACAUCAACUUUGACCUGCCUUCCAGUUUCUGCCAAAGAAAACUAUCUCCAUGUCAUGAUGCUGCCACCUCCAUGGGUUAGCCUGUGUUUACGGUGCCCAGCAUGAGUCCUGUUUGUGUAAUAAUCUUUAAAUGGGACUUCCAAAGGCUUUCUUUCAACAACAACUUAUUUCUUGUCACUUUCCUUUAAAGGCAGAGUGUAGAGUGGCGUCAGAUUCUUUCCACCUGAGCUAUGUAACUCUGCGGCUCCUCCAGUGUCUUGAUAAAGGUUUUCCUUGCCUGGUAUUUCCUUUCACUUCACUAUUUUACACACUAUGUUAUGUUGGUCUGUCACGGACAUGUUAGAUCCUCAAGAGUGUCUGUUCUGUAACUUUCAGAUGCAUCUUUGCUCCAACACAUCUGAAUCAAACAAACUUCUCAGAACUAGAUGGUAUCCUGAGCAGGAAAUUCAACCAUUUCUUUCAGUUGUGUUAAAGCUAUAAUAUGUAAAUAUUAUUUUAAAAAUUGUUUUUUUACAUAUUUGUUAACACUGCCUCUAUGUUGUGACAGUAUCAUAUGAGACAGAUAAUCUUUGAAAAAAAAAAUCAAGAUUCUCUGCCUUCUUCCUGAGCUACUACAGUGAUCUACAAAAAUGAGUCAACCUCAUGUAUGUUGUUUUUAACCGAGCGAUAUAUUUCUGAAGGUGGUAGAAGAGCUUAAUUUUUUCUUUUCACAGAUUAUCUGUCUUAAACUAUACUCUGACGACAAAGUGUCGGUUUUAAUAAAUGUGCAAAAAAAAAAAACAUUUUCAUAAACGUUACAAACUGGAGCUUCAAACCAAGGAUGCAACUAAAAGCUGCAAGACAAUAGCUUUUGAGAACAUGAGUUGAUGACCUUGGUCUUUAUAUGAAAUCACAAUGUAAUAAAUUGAAGUUUGGGGUUGCGAAGCAACAAACGUUCAAUGGGUAUGAAUACUGUUUCAAGGCACUGUAUGUAUCAGGACCAAAAUUAAAUCUUUUAAAAGAAACUGAAUGUUUACAUGUCUCAUAUUGAGAAACUAUGUUGGAUGGAAGAUUGGAGAAAAACUUUUUUCAAUCUGUUAUGUGGGUAAAGAAUUACUACAGGUUACAUUUAGAGCUGCAGAGCAGUUUGUACGUCUCCCCUCAAUGUUCCUGCUUUGUAACCUGAUUCUUCUUGUCCCUCUGUUCUUUGUGGUAUGAUGGAUACUGUGUAUAAAUAAAGUAUGAAAUAUAUAUAUAGAAAUAUAUAUA